AUGAGUGAGGAGUGCGAGGUUCCCAUUCAUGUCUCCUUAAAAGUUCCUGUUAUCAAAAGCGAAUCAGCAACUCAAACUCCUACUGUCAUUAUUGCUAAAUCAUCUGAAAAACAAGAGAUUUGCAAGAUGGAGGAUCCAUCCAAACCAAUGUCAUUAAGGAAACGAAGAAAUAUUUCUAAAAACAGAGCCCAAAAUACCAGACACCGCGAGAAAACGCCUGAUCCAGGAAGAACGCUUGGUCCUCACGAGGAUACUCCUACUUCCGACGAUGAAGAACCUAGGCCACAGCGGACUUCUCGAGAAAUUGAAGCUGAUAACACUUAUGAAGAAAUGAAACGAUUAGUACAGGAAAAAGCAAACGAGAAAGAUCCUAUUUAUGACUUAAACACGGAUGAAAUUAUGGAAACCAGAGCUAUGGAGGAAAAUGCAAGGAGACGAAGAAGUAUUUCUCCAUUUGCGGUCCCCGAAAAAGAAGAAGGAACUGCUUUAGAACGUAAAGGGAGUUUUAUUGAUCCGACAAAUAAAUUACUUAGCACGAAAUAUAUUGUGAGCCCAAAAGACGAUGACCUAAGGCGUCGUAAUUCAUUAACAGGUGCUGCAGAUGAUAUACUAUUAAAUUCUAGAACCUCUUUGUCUCCACCAGGUACUGCGAGUGCGUCACCAAAAGAGAAAGAUUUUCCAUAUCCUUUGCCUGCAACACCUAAAAAGCUUGAAGAAAUGGUGUAUCCAGAUGAAAAACGUGAUAAAAAAGUAAUAAGUAAACCUAAACCACCACGAGCAGAGUUAAAACAAGAAGGAGAAAAAGAGGAGCAAUCGAUAAAAAAAUCUUCAGUUAUUAUUCCUGAUACUCCAAUUCCUACAACAGGCGAACUUGUUACUCGAGUUAUUCAAGUGGAAAGAACCCCAAGUAAAAAACUCACUCAAGAUCAAAAACCAAUUGUAGAAGUACGUGAAAGAGUUGUGAGAACUCCAAGUAAAAAGUUAACAGGUGACGCUAAACCUACCGUAAUUCAAAAAAGCAAGCCCCAGGAAUCUCAAACUAAAGUGCCACCUGUGAAACCAGCAAGAAGUAAAUCAGCAUCACGUUUGGCGAAUAGAACCAGUGAGAGUGAGAUGAGUGAGGAUCAGAUGUAUCAACAAAAUGUGUAUCCAAAUGAAACGAGACGUAAAGUAGUUCCAACGCCAAGACGGUUUUUGAAAAAUAAACCUCCUAAAGAAAAUCGGUCACAUUCUGUAAAUAGAAUUGAAGAUAUUAAAGUAAUUGACAAAACUGGUACAGGAAUGAGUCAGACUAGUUUAGAAAUAAUAGAGUUAAUGCAAAAAGCAAGAGCCAGAAGUCUAUCAAUUCCUAAAGAGGACGAAAGAGUACCAGCAGAUUAUAAAACAUAUAGUAGAACCUUACAAACACCAAACAAAACUCCAGUCAAUUUAAGAAGAUCAAGAGGAAUAUCGUGUCCAAAAACUAUUCAAAUUAUAAGUGACCGAGAGAUUUUGUCAGGUCUCACAAAAGUAGCCACUGAAAAUAUUGAAGUUCGUCGUAAACAUAGCAGGCAAAGUUCGGGAUAUGUAGAUGCUAGUCAGUCUGAAUAUACAUCAAGCUGUUAUUCCACAUCACCCAGUGAAAAUGAAUAUGAGUUUGAUCUUUUAGACAGAACGGCAGAGUUGACAAGAAAGCUUAAUCAACUUAGCCAAAUAAAUACUAAGGAAACAAUUAAUCUAGUACCAGCAGACGUAGAUCAAAAUGAUAACGAACCAAAGUCUGUUUUAAGAAAACGUUCUAUUAUAUCAACUCAAAAAGAAAUAAAAUUAGACACCAAUGUGGAAAAGACAAAGGACCAGUUAAAGGCUAAAGAAAAAAUUCAGAGCAUGAAGCCAAAACUAACAAGAUUUAAAUUUAUAAAUAAUUGGCGACAGUUUAAAUUAGAGUACAAUAAUGAUUGGGAGAGAUUGAUAUUACUAAGAAAUAAGUGUAUUUGUGAUUUAUUGAUAUUGAUUAUAAUAUGUGGUUUGGGUGGAAUGAUGUUUAAGUCACUCGAAGGGUCAUUUGAAAAUGCCUUCAAAUGUAACGCUAGGAAUGUUAAACGUGAUUUUAUUGAACAUUUAUGGCGUGGAAGUCAUUAUCUUAGAGAAGAAGACUGGAAGUCCAUGGCAAGAAAGAAAUUGUAUGAGUUCGAGGAUCAACUGCACACUGCCCAUGAAGCGGGUGUCACGUCAUAUAGCGGUCAGCGGUCUUGGAAUUUUAUGAAUUCAUUCGUCUAUUGCUUGACUUUGAUAACAACUAUUGGUUAUGGUCACAUAGCUCCUAAGACGACGUAUGGCCGUGUUGCUACAAUCGUGUAUGCUAUAAUCGGUAUACCACUUUUCCUGAUUGUCUUAGCGGAUUUCGGCAAGUUGUUCACAAGAAUAAUAAAAUUCUUCUGGGCUUUUAUUCGGAGGUUUUAUUAUACUAGGAGUUGUAGAAGAGUGAGACGGACAGCGCCUAUGCAGGAAGUGAUGAAGGGCUUGAACAUUGUGUACGAUGUAGUGCGACGUCCUUCGCAAAUAUUUUCUGAAGAAGACAUAGACACUUCUCCAAAUGCACCACCAACAAUCGAGCGGAAAUCGAGCGAUGUUCCACCUCCAUUACCACCAAAGCCUGGCCAAAAGCUUGUUGAGGACGGAGAAUUAGAAACCCCAGCGCCAUCAGUUUUUGAAAUAGACGAUGAAUUCAACUUACCAAUAUCAGUCGCCAUUACAAUAUUAAUUAUUUACAUUAUAAUUGGUGCUGUCGGCUAUAGUAUUUGGGAGACGUGGAACUUCUUUGAAUCAUUUUACUUUGUCUUCGUAUCGAUGUCUACUAUAGGUCUCGGUGAUCUAGUGCCUGAUCAUCCAAUGUUCAUGAUGGCUUCCAUUUUAUAUUUAGUUUUCGGUCUAGCAUUGACUUCUAUGUGUAUUAAUGUUGUUCAAGUUAAAUUGUCUAAUACGUUUAAGCAAGCCAGUGCCAAGUUAGGGGCUACUAUCGGCCUAAAAGUAGCUGAGGAAGACGGUAGUUUGGUACCUAUAACACCACCACCAGUCGAAAUAGCUCCCGUACACAAGAGUACAAAAGAUAUUGACGAAAUUAAGAGUACAGAUGAUGCAAAAAAUAGAUAA